AUGUCAUCUGAACCUUUGUACCCUGCAUAUCUGCCAACCCGCUCAGAUGGGUUCGCUGCGCCCAUUGCGCUGCCGCUAUUUGAGGCAGAUGAGCCUGGACGCCGCGCAGAUCCCUCCAAGCCAUCCCUUCUCAAGAGUGGUGCGGAGGUGACACAGAUCACUCCCAAAAUUGGCACGGAGAUCCGCGGCUUGCAGAUCAGCCAGCUGGAUGAUGCAGGGCUAAAUGAAAUCGCGCUAUUGGCUGCUGAGAGGGGCGUUGUUGUGUUUCGUGACCAGGAUUUUGCCGAUAUUGGAUUUGACCGACAGCGCGAAAUUGUAAAGCACUAUGGCCCUCUUCACCUUCACCCUACCAUGGGCUAUCCCAAAGGCACUGGGCCCGAGUUUCAUGUUGUAUAUGCUGAUGAGAAGUCUGGAAACUUGAGGACCUUGCUGGGACCUCGCACCACUUACGACCUAUGGCAUAUCGACCAAACCUUCACACCCAAUGUACCCUCCACUACCUUUUUUUGGGUGCUGGAAAUUCCUAAAUCCGGCGGUGGAGAUACUGCUUUCACUUCUCUCACGGCAGCCUACGAGGCUCUCUCGCCAACGUUUCGGGAGAUCCUUCACGGCUUGAAGGUGCACCACACGUCUGCGUCGGAGGGUGAAGUCCGACGCGUAGGUGCAGAGCGUGCUUUGGCUGAGGCAAUUAGCACCACUCAUCCACUAGUGAUAAAGCACCCUGUUACAGAUAAGGCCUCACUGUUCGUGAACCCGACCAUUGGGCGUCAGGUGGAGGGACUUUUACCCGAGGAGUCGCAGAACCUGCUCUCGUUCCUACACAACCACAUUCGGAGCCUUGAUUUCAGUUGUCGCGUCAAGUGGGAGAAGGGCACAGUGGUGAUAUGGGAUCAACGAGCGGCUGGGCAUUCGGCGGUGCCUGAUUUCCAAGACAACGAGCGAAGGCACAUGGUGAGGAUUCUUCCCUACGGUGUUCAGCCAAGUCCUAUCUCUUAG